AUGAAUCAACAGAUCUUGCUCCCAGCCUCCUCCUCCACAAACUCGACCAUAACCUACCCUCAAGUACAACAACCAGUCGCUGUCCCAUCAACACCGGGCGCAAGUGGAACGUUGGCAUUUCCGAAUAGCGUUAUGAGUGUUGACGAGAAUGUGAACAAUGUUGUUGACCAGACUGGUCAAGCGCCUAUCCAGAGCGUGACUGGAAUAGUGCCGAUCUUGCAAAACAUUGUUGCAACAGUCAACCUCGACUGUCGACUAGACCUCAAAACAAUCGCCCUUCACGCGCGAAACGCAGAAUACAAUCCAAAGCGUUUCGCAGCAGUGAUUAUGCGAAUCCGUGAUCCAAAGACAACUGCUUUAAUCUUCGCUUCUGGCAAGAUGGUCGUCACCGGGGCCAAAUCGGAAGAUGACUCUAAACUUGCAAGUCGGAAGUACGCGAGGAUUAUUCAGAAAUUGGGGUUCAAUGCGAAGUUUACAGAAUUUAAGAUUCAGAACAUUGUUGGAUCGUGCGAUGUCAAGUUUCCUAUUCGAUUGGAGGGGUUGGCUUAUUCUCAUGGACACUUUAGCAGUUAUGAACCGGAAUUAUUCCCUGGCCUAAUUUACAGAAUGGUCAAGCCGAAGAUCGUAUUACUGAUUUUCGUUUCUGGAAAGAUUGUGCUUACGGGCGCGAAGGUGCGUCAAGAGAUUUAUGAGGCUUUCGAAUCCAUAUUCCCCGUACUCACUGAAUUCCGAAAACCGUAA